UCAGUCCCUGGCCUGGGAAUUUCCACAUGACAAGGUUGCAGCUAAAAAAAGGAGAGAGAAAAGGGGGUUUAAGUUACUAGAAAUGGAGACAUUCUGGAGCCUUCCUGGGACAGAGGAAAGAGGUUUAUCACUGGUAGAGGGACAAGAGCUGUUCUUAAGCUGGGACUUCUUACGGUCACAUUGUUUAGUUGAGCCACAAAGGCUGGUUGCCUUAACCAGGAAGUGGGAGGAUCCCUGUUAAAGUAUACUAGGUUAAAGGAGAAACUUGAAAAGCUGGCAGUUCUGGAAGCCAUCAUGGUGGUUCUAAUUCCUCAAAAUUCAAGGGGAGAAAACCAGCAGUUCUAGCGGACUGGGAUUUACUGGGAAUAAAGACAACUCACAUCUCAAAAGGAAUGCUUGCAAAUAACCUUAAGUUGCAGAACAUAAAUUCUCUUAAAAAUGAGGAUUUUUUUCCCAGUAGGUCAUAAUGUUAGCUGCCCUAUUUCAGUGACAGUUCACUUGGAACUUCUGCAUUUUGAUCAUGUGCAAAUGGGGGAAAUAAAACGUUAUCACAAAUACAUAAAUACAAGACUUAGAUGAAGACAGAGAUCUCUAUCUGAGCCCCCACUGGGUCGCGUGGAUUCUUGGUUGCUAAGUCAAGCGACAGCUAGAGAACUGUAGGCCCGGAGCGGACGAGAGAUUUCGGACCCAGGGGCCGGCCACGCGGUGCGAGUGCGAGUGCCAAUGCUGGGGCCAUAGGACCAAAGCGGUCGCCAGAAUUUUCCUCAGGCGCACCUGCCCUCUCCAGGACCCCAGCCAAAUCCCCGCCCCAACCAGUUGCCUCUUCCGGAAGUUCGACCCCAAUACUUCCGGUUCUGCUUGUUCCUUCCGGUCGCCAUGUCGAUGGGGCGUCUUGGGGUUGAGGAGACUUUGGCAGCCCUCAACGCAGCCCUGGGACCUGGCGGCCCAGUGUGGUACAAGGAGACGCGAGCCCGCCAUCUGCGUGCCCGAGACUUCUUGGCGCCGCGGCGCGCGCUACAGGCGCGCUUCGAGGAGGGCCAGGUGCCCGAGCAGGUCAUUCACGCCAUUGCCGGCCUGCAGGGUCCCGGCGUGGCCCCGGUGCUGCGCUGCGCGCCGACCCCCGCGGGGCUGGCACUCCAGCUGCAGCGGUCUGCAGUUUUCGAGCGCGUCCUCGGCGCCGUGGCCACCUAUGCGGCUCCUGCCGUGCAUGCAGCUCUGGAACCUCGCGUUGUCCUGCACUGCCCCGCGCUGCGCGGCCGCCCCUGCGCCCUCCGCCUGAGCCAGCUGCGUGCCGUGCUCGUGGCCGACCACCUGGCGCGAGCUCUUCACGCUCACAGGGUGAGUGCGCGCCUAGUGCCCGCCGUGCGGGACCCGCACAUGCUGACCUUCUUGCAGCAGCUGCGGGUGGAAUGGCCCGCGGCCUCGGGGAGAGCCAGGACUGUGACCGAAGCCCUGAGGAGCCGUGCGCUUGCAGAGCUCACCCCUGCCCAUGAUUCGGGAGCCCUACCCCCAGGCGCCCUGGGCCAAGUGUGCCUGAAGGAGCUGGUGGACGAACGGGGCCGCAGAGCUGGCUAUGACCCCAACCUGGACAGCUGCCUAGUGACGGAGGAGCUGCUUUCUCUGCUGGCUGAGCUGCAGGAGGCUGUGCAGCAUUGGCCGGAGCACAGCUCUCUAGGCCUGGCUGCAGUCUCAGACACUGGUGCAGAUGGUUGUGUGGUUGUACACGUGGUGAGUUGUGAGGAGGAGUUUCAGCAACAAAAGUUGGACCUGCUUUGGUGGAAGUUGGAUGACCAGGCUCCUCUCAGACAGAAGCACCUGGUCUGCGGCCCAGUAAAAGUAGCUGGUGCGCCAGGCACCCUGACUGCUCCCGAGUACUACAAGCUCCGGCAUAUGCAGGUGUGCAAGGCCUCAGCACUGAAGUAUGGCAAGGACCUAACACAAGACCCAGCCUGGACAGAAAUCUUCAGGGUUCUCUCUGUGGCAGCCAUUAAGUUUGAGAUGCUCAGCACAGCCCCACAGAAUCAGCUUCUCCUGGCCCUGGCUGACAACAGCAUUUCCACAAAGGGCACCAAAAGUGGCACCUUUGUCAUGUACAACUGCGCACGUCUUGCCACACUCUUUGAGGGUUACAGGUGCAGCGUGGAAAAAGGUCUGUACCCCACUUUCCCACCUGUGAGCAGUCUGGACUUCUCCCUGUUGCAUGACGAGGGUGAGUGGUUGCUGCUCUUCAACAGCAUCCUCCCCUUCCCAGACCUGCUGAGCCACACAGGAAUGCUGGCUUGCACAGCCCCAGGGCUCCACAUCACUGCGCGCACAGAGAUGGUUUGCAAGUUCCUGGUACAGCUCAGCAUGGAUUUCAGUUCAUACUAUAACCGGGUACACAUCCUAGGGGUAAGUGCACAGCAAAGCAGGGUAUGUGGGGGGGUUGCAGGGGAAGCAAAGGAUGAGACCAGCAGGCCCUUUCUUUCCUCCAGGAGCCUCGACCACACCUGUUUGGUCAAAUGUUUGCCCGUCUACAGCUUCUGCAGGCUGUGAGUGAUGUGCUCCACACUGGGCUGGCCAUGCUGGGUCUCCCUCCACUGAGCCACAUCUAAGGCCACAGAGGCCCCAGUGUCUGGGAAUGUCCACAAAAUGAACUGAAAAAAACAAGUAUAAAAAAAAAAGGCAAAAACACAACACACCCACAGAUUUUGUUAAGCUACCUGGAGCCAAAAUAAAUUGCUUCUGUUAUGAAGUUUUAUCCUA